GUUAGAUAGAGUGAGGAGAGAUCGCUUCGAUCGAUCGAGAUCCUGGAGGGAAACGGCUCAUAAGUAUGGCAAGAGUUGGCAUCGUAAAUCAAAUUCGAUCGCCCAGCUAAUUGACGUCACCGCUACACAGGCCUGGGGCUUAUUUGGCCUGCCUUAAUGAUCCCCCUCGAUGUGUGGCUCGAAGUGUGUGUCUUGUAAAUUCAAUUAAUUGCAUUCAAUUUGGCCAAUCUCUCAUGGCUGCCCCUGGGAGAUGCAUGGAUAUCGAUCGUAUCGCUGCAGCCAGAGCUUCCUCAAUACCACAGAAACCGGAUUCAUAAUUGCCACAGUAACUGGUGUCUCAGUAAACUCAGUAAAACCCCCUGCAAUAAUCAUCUAAAGGGACAGCUUCACGGACAUUUGUGUGCCCAAAAAAGAGAACAAACACUUCCCACACCACACAAGACACAAAUGCUCAAGAUUAGAUCGAGUUCGGGGCUCGAUUCGUGGCCUUUUGAUUCGAUUAUGACGCUCAUUGAUGGCUUCUUGCCUGGGCCAGAGCCAGAGCCAGAGCCAGACCAUUUCGGGCACAUAUCGGACAGAUUGUCGGCUCGUUAAGUUUGAUUGGCUCCGCAAUAUGGCCAAAAUGUUGCUAUGCGGCAACCUGUGUCGGCCAUGUCGCUGCAGCUGUUUUGCCAGAUGCAUUUGUGUGUUGCUGCUUCUGCUUCUGCUGUUGUUGUCAUUAGUUUGUACGCAAGCGAGAUGUCAAAUGGCAAAUGAUUUGUGCAACAAGUGACCAGAGGAUGGGUAUCGUCUGGGGAGUACUUGACAAUUAGCUUUACAUAACCUGACCCAAUCCCCCAGUCCGGGGGCUCGUGACCAAGGAAAGUCGGCCCAAAACAUCAAAGUCGUGUCAAACAUUCGACCAUUAAAAGUAGCCGCAUGGAAAGUGGUCAAAAAUACCCAAAAGAACGCUUUGGUUUCGAUGGAAUCCGGGUCAAUCGCCAGUCACGCCCAUCCCCACCAGCAAAUGGAGCUUAUAAAACCACUUUCGCCCUGGGCCCGAUCAGUCAGUGAUCAUCCAGAAUGUCAACCAGUGGGACGCACCCAAUCAUUAUCCUCCUCGGGGCGCUAUUUAUUCGCGGAAGUCGUGCGGAUGUGGCCCACUUCUUUGCGUCAGCCCCCACGGAUCUGGGCGGCUAUCUGCAUGGCCAGGUGCCCUUCCAGCUGGGUCUGAAUCCCGCCGCCUUUUACGGACCGCCUGUGCCCAAUCCCGUCACUCCUGCACCCGCUCCCGUGGCCCCAGCGGCCACCACCGAGUUCAGUCUGCCGGAGAUCAUCGAGAAUCGAAGUGUCAAGUUCCAGGGACACGGAAACGGACAGGGGCAGGGACAGGGACAUGGUAGCUUCAUACCCCUCAGCCAGAACUAUCUGCCGCCUGCCAUCGAGGAGCGCCCCAGCUAUGAGAGUCCCAAGCCCAGCGAGGAAGGCUAUCCGGCCUACUACUAUCCCCAACCGCCUGCCACGCCCAGUCCGCCGACCACCACUGCACAGCCCAUCAUCGUGCAGGAUCCGGGCGAGGACAUUGAGACCAUCCACUCCCCUGGCUACGAUUACCAUGCCCCAGCCCAAAGACCCUCCACGCCCGCGCCGUUGUAUCUGCCGCCCAGCGAGAGCAGUGCUGAUCAGCAGCUCCGGCUGCGCCUCAAGGAUAUGCGAUGCCUGCAGGCGGGCUUCUUUCGGGCGGUCCUCAAGCUGGACAGCUUCCUGGGCGCCGCCCCCACGGUGGACCACGACAGCGACGACGUCCAGGACAAGCGGUGCGAACUGAAGCUGGCGCGCAGCUUCCUGCUGCUGGACAUUGCCGGUGCGGACUUUGAGCGCUGUGGCGUCCGCUCCUGUGGCCAGGAUCUGUGCCUGCGUCUGCGAUUCCCCACCAUCAGGGGACUGCGAACCGGCGGGGACUCCAUUCUAACGCUGCACUGCAAGUCCCAGGAGCGGGUGGCCGUCAAGACGCAUGCCCUCAAAAUGGGCGUGGCCAAUGAUGUGCAGGCGCGCAGCGUGGGAAACUAUGCCCACGGGGGCAAUCAGAACGCCUUCCGCACCCACGUGGAGCUGCUGCGGCGUGGCAGCAACGGCUACACCCGCCACCUGGAGAGCAACGGAGCCGUUCAGCUGGGCGAGGAGCUCCUGCUGCGGGCCCACGUCCUGGCAGGCGACGGCUGGAACUACACCAAGCUGAGUGACGUCCAGCUCCAGAGGAUAGCCGCUGGCGGGGAAGUUCUCAACACCGUCCAGCUGGUCAGCUCCCGGGGAUGCCUCAACCCCGCCAUGCAGGCCAUCUGCAGCCAUUCCCCCGUCAUGGAGCCGCCUCUGGGCCAGCGUUUCCACUUCAAGGCCGUGAUGUUCCCGGGUAUGCGCAGUGGCGAUGUCCUGGUUAUUUCCAUGCGCAUCACGGGCUGUCUGGAGCGCGAGGACUGCCAGAUCACGGCCCAGGACUGCCUGCCAUCCGUGGGCCAGCGCCGAAGACGGAAUGCCGCCCUCGGCACAGCAGGAAAUGGCACAGAGAUUUCGGAACUGUCGCACUUGACCUUCCGUGUGGUUAUGCCCGGCGCCGAGGAGGAAGUGCCGGCCGUGAAGGACUCGGCGGGGCAUAACCUGGGCGUGGCUGAGGUGUCCAAGUCGCUGGCUCUAUUUGGGAGUGUGGCAUUUGUGGUGCUCCUACUGGCCGUGGCCAUUGUGGCGUUGUACAAAUUCGGCAGAUAGAGAUUACGAUGGAACAUUUGAUGUUACCUUUUCAUUGGGUUUUUUUAGAUAAAAGCUGUACUUUCGAGUGAAUUCCUUCUUUACCAGUUCCUCUUCUUUGUUCCAAUUCUUUGUUCCCCCAUUCUGAGGAGAGACCCCAUCCGUGCAGUCCAACCGCCAAUCGCGGUGGUGUCUAUUGCCAAGAAAAUUGACUUAUCGCCUGUACGGCAUCAGCAACGGGCAGCAAUGUUUUGACCAUAUUGAGCAUUAAACAGAAAUUAGCACUUAAUAAAAUCUUAUUUAUGUUCAUGUCGCUUGUAAUUGGACAGGCCCGAGAAUAAACUAAAACUAAAACCCAUACUAUUUCUAUGCCGCCGACCAACUACUGGCCACUGGCUGUCCGACAGGCUGUCCGACUGACUGAUUUCCAAACUGCGCGCGCAAUUCGCAAAUUGUGAUCUCUGAUUUAGAUUAUGGCCAGAGCCAGAGCUAGAGCUAGAGCCAGAGCCAGAGCCUGAAACGAACUCAAAUUUUAUCACGUUUUCACGCUUCGAGUACAGUUAAUGAAACCAAACACCACACCGCUCGCAGUCGACUGAUUUUGGACUUUUGGCUUUGUUAUUUGGUGCAAUUUGUAGUCAUUUUCGUAUGUUAAUCCAUCGUCAGUCAGUUUACGCUUAAUGGGCAUGAAAAUCGCAGCCAAUUAGUGGUACGAUUGUCAUCGGUAAUGCUAUGUGGGGGGUAGGUAUCUAAUUAUUGCCUGGGGUGCAGCAAAUAUCUAAAUGGGGAAGCACUUGCGAGUUGGAGCCUAUAAAUACCAGCAGAAGGUGGAUCAUUCCAAUUGUGGAAUUCCCAUUAUCCCUUCUGCUCAAUCUUCUCAAUCUGACCUGCCCAAAAACGGAAUAUUCCCACAGGCCGGCCACAGAUCAUCAACAGCUCAGGUGCGCAGUUCCAUCCAUACCAUACCAUUCCACCACUCCAUCCACAGCGGGGGAAUGCAGUGUACUGGGGCUUGGGGCUAAUUAAUAAUCCCGACACGUUCCAGGCCGAGUAAGUAACAUCGCUGCGCAGGCGCAGGCGCAGGCGAAGGCGCAGGCUACUUUGUCUUUGUCGCUUAAAUGGCAGGCAAAAUGUUUGGGGCCCAUAAAUUAAUGUCGUCCCCAACUGGCGCUUAAGUUCGUGUUUUGUGUUUGGAGACUCCAACAUACAUACACUCCACUCCAUCCUUGACUACAGCUGCAGUUCCAGCUCCAGCUCCAGCGCCAGCUCCAGCUACAGCUCCAGGUCUGUCCGGGGUAUUGGUCUUGGGUAAGCCGACAAUUUACACUUUUCAUUCAGCAGCCAAAUCGGCCAAAUGGCCAGUGCAGUGCCUGGCCUAAACAAUUUUCAUGUCGGCCUGGUCUGGUCUGGUCCGGUCUGCUUAAAUUAUCGACUACUUAGUGCCCAAUUUAGCAAUGCCUAAUAAAUAUUUAUGAACGCACUUCAUUUUAGUCAGUUUUCAAUGGACAAGAGCUAUGCUAUGCGGCGGACAUUGUCGGUUCUAUGAAUGGACCGAUCAACCACAUACUUUGCUGAUCAUUAAGCGAUAGUCGGGAGAGAUUUGUAUAUGUAUUGAUUGAGGGAAUUUCACAGAGAGUUGGAACAAUUAAGAGGGUUUUUUAAGUUCCUUAAAGAUUGGAUUGAUUGAAGUCUUCAAGGGAGUUGGCUCCUUUAGAACCAUCUUUCACUCGUAGAAAUCUUUAUGGUCUAGACUGCUCCACCUUCCCAUCGCAUGCCAUCCCAUUGGCUGGGUAGCCACAAAAACAAAAAAUCAACAUCUCGGACAACUCAUUAGCAACUUUUAUUAACCAAAAGAAAAGUGUCAAAUGCUUUAUCUCGGCGACUGCAACGAUUGGCCCGAUCCGACGCCGAUCUCUGGCUGCCUUAAGUUGUUGACUUUUUUUUGUAUGUUUGUUGCUCAUUUUAUUGGUUGUUGGACUUGUUUUUUUGUUGGUCUGUUUCGUUUGCGACUCCUUUUCCACCUCUGUGGCUGUGUUGUGUGUGUUUCUCUGUGCGUUUUUAGCAUUUCGGGCAUGUUAACAUUUGUGUUAUUGAUUUUUUACAACAUUUGACAGUUACGCAGGCGCUGGGCAGCGCAACGCCGCCGCUUUUGAUUGGAAUUCGGAGUUUUUGCUCCAAUUCGGAGUGCCAUGACAAACGAUUCGGAGCAAUUUGACUU